AUGGCGAUGGCAAAAGUUGGCUCGAGGAAAAGAGGUGGUGCAAAUUUGGCGGGGGGUGUAGAAGGCCUCGCCUUUUUGGGGAUAAAUCUUGGUAGUGUCGUUGGAUGGGUGGAAUGGGGAGAGAGAGAGAGAGAGAGAGAGAGAGAGAAGCGGGUGGCUGCUUGGGUGGUGUGGUUGAGGCUGUGGGGUGGGGGUAGGGUUUGGGGGUCGGGGAAGGGGGUGCUGCUUGAGGCUAAUGGCAAUUUAAGUUUUAAAAAGUGGAUACCACAUAUGUCACAUCAACAGUUAAUGAAAAUUUCAAGAGCAACUCUAGCAGGAGAGGCUAGCCCAGGCAAGAGGUCCCCUAGGCUCCUAAUCAACAAUUUAUGUUUAUUUCUUCCAGCAGCCAAGGCAAGUGCUGGGCUCCACCAGCUCGGGCAAGACCCAAGGCAAGACUUGCUUGGGCUGCUAUCUGGCAUUCCAGAUGAAACUGUGAAGGAAAAAUCUACGGUGACAUAUGGAGGAGUCUUAGUGGAUCCCUUGUUCUUAUACAUCCCCAUUGUCAACGAAGAUAACAAGUGUCUCGGAUUGGACAAAAAGUUAAAGAAAGUUGUUCUUAUUCUGCGAUCACUCACUGAUGUAUUCUACAUGGAACUUUACUUAUUUCCAAGAGGAAAAUGGGUUAAAGGUAUUUACCAAUCCUUUGCGAUCAUCGUCGUAAGUCAUUCUGCAGCUACAACAUUAAAGUUUAUGAAAAUGACGAGCAAGAGAGAUUUCGAGAUAAGAUUGUGGUUACGAAAAAUUGGCCUCCCUUUCAGUAUGAAGGAUAGGAUCCUGACAAGCGUACUGAACAAUCUUGACGAAAACAAAGAUAUUAAUAUUCAGAGUAUCGGAUCUGUUAUAUCCAUGGUAGUGAUACACAAAAUGGCGAAACAUCUAUGGUGGAAUGUGCUAAAGGAAGUUCCAAUGUUUCAAACUAUGGAUGAUAGAUCAUUGGAAGCAAUUUGUUGGAAUUUUCAUCCCGUGUUCUAUGGUGAGGACAGUUAUAUUAUUCGAGAAGGGGAACCACUUGGUAAGAUGGUCUUCAUCCUGCAAGGCAAGAUAUUGACCUAUGCCACUAAUAAUAAUGGAACAAAUGGCUCAACAACAACCAUCUGUCUUGACAAAGGUGAUAUUUAUGGAGAAGAACUUGUAAAGUGGGCAUCAAAUAGUGUUACCUCCUCUUCUAACUUACCCGUCUUGACAAAGGUCUCUCUUUCGGACUUACCCAUCUCGACCACAACUCUAAAGUGCUACACCAAAGUUGAAGCCUUCACCCUCAUGGCCACGGACUUGAAGAGGAUAGUCCAAGAAAAUAAAAAAGACCUUUAA